CUCUCUUUUCUUCUUCUUUUUUCUUUCUCUCAGUCUCCCCGAUUUCACCCUUAAAAUGAGAUGAACAGUUAUCACUGCUUCAGCCUCCAUCAAAUUAACCUUAAUAUUAAUUUCAUAAACUAAAAUUAAUAAAAUAUUUCAACCUAAUUAAAUAUGUUGGAAUCAGUUUGAUUUGAUUCUAUUGGAAUUAAUCCAACUAACGAUUUCAAUUUUCUAUUUGUAUUUGACAAAAAGUGUAGAAACACUUUCUCAAUUCACAUCUCCAUCGCCGGCGAAGCUCGCGGAGAAAAACGAACUCUUGCAGGAACUUCUAUCGCCCUUUGCUUCAAUUCACAUCAUACGCACAUUUUCACGCGUUUCCAGAGUUUUAUUUAUAGGGCUUUCUUUUGGAACAACUGUCAAUCUUUCUGUUUGAAGGUUAUGAUAGCAGCUUAAGCAUUGUUAGAAAGAAAGUUGCUGCAGUGAUUGCAUCCGCUUCAAGCAAUUUUAAAAGGUUGGUUGAUGGCACUAUUGAUCCCUAAAUAGCAAGUUGAUUUUUUGAGGAGCAGGACAGAAGCAGAGAGUCUCGGUCUUAGAACAUAAUACAGACCGAGGCUCUAAAGCGCAUCCUUUGGCCAGUGGAUGUAAUCGGUGUUUGAGUCUCAAGUGCAAGAGCGGGUAUGCUUGGUCCUGUGCGUGCAUGACUUCACUGCGAGACAAAGCACGGUUGAUGAUGAAUAUACAUUGCUUUGGAAGGAACCUUGUCACUGCCUCAUCCUCUUUGCCUCCUGUGCAACUCCCAGCACAAAGGGAAGUGCAUUUUUGGUAUGUUUUGCCUGAUGAGGUAAAGAGCACAAACCUAUUGAACCAAUAUUUAGAAAUUCUAUCACCUUGCGAGAAAGAAGAUAUAUUUCGCAUGCGUGGGGAACAGCUGAAGAAAAGCGCACUCCUGGCACGUGCAUUGGUUCGCACUACAUUAGCAAGAUAUCAGACGAAAUGCCAAAUUGAUCCAAAAUCCUUAAAGUUUAGGAAAAACAAUUAUGGAAAGCCUGAGAUGGACGGGCAAUAUGCUGAUGAUUGGAGCCUACCGCCAUUGCAUUUUAAUAUCUCGCACACUUCAUCUUUGAUAGCUUGUGGAGUAACUGUUGGUUCACCUAUUGGUAUUGAUGUGGAAGAGAAGCAAAGGAGGUUAAAGAAUGAUAUUUUAGCCUUUGCACGACGAUUCUUUUCACCCCAUGAAAUAGAAAUGCUGACUCACAUUGCAGAUCCUGAACUUCGGCUUCAGGAGUUUAUUAAAUUAUGGACUCUGAAGGAGGCAUAUGUAAAAGCACUAGGGAAGGGCUUCUCAGCCUCACCUUUUAAGACUUUCACUGUUCGAUUAAGAGACCACAUAAAUGGAAACAUCCAUGCUCCACCUCAUAUGAUUUCUAAGGCACCUGCUAUUACUGUUGAGCCUUCUGGUGACUUGAAGAAUCUCUCAAGUAAUUGGGAGUUUGUGCUUCUAGAGUUGGCUGGUUCUCAUUAUGUUGCCAUUUGUAUAGAACAGGACAGCAUCGAUACAGGUAGCAAGUCAGGCAAUGGGAGUAUGCCAAUAAAUCUGACACUAAGGAAAACAAUCCCAUUUGUUGAGGAUGAAUGUAUUUCUGCAACUGACAGUGCUGUAGUGAUUGGUGGCUUGGCUAGACUGUUGAUGUGUGAUUAGUGAUUCAGUAAUGAAAUGGAAGUUUUGGCUAUAGUGCCUUCUUUUAGCAUUUUGGAAUAAGUGGUUCCAAUUUAUUUUAUUUUAGAGCUUUCUUUGUUCUUGUUGCCUAGGUUACGUUCUGUGAGAUGUACCGAAACUUUGGAGCAUAUUGCAAUUCUGGAUUUCUUGGUCUCAUUAAAUAUGUAAAUCUUGUCAACAAA